GCUCUAUCAAUCAAUCACAUCUACCGACCCGAUCAACGUCAUCGCCUCGAGUCUCUAGAGCGCAGGAUGGAGCUCUCACCCGGCGCACUGAUCGAUCAUGCGUCCAUCUUCACCAAGGGCGGCCUAGUGCUCUGGUCACGCAGCUACGGGAGCUCCCGCAAUCCCAUGAACAGCCUAGCAAGAGAUGUCCUCAUCCAAGGCAGAUCUCACUCCUCCCUCUCUGCCGACGAAGCGCAGACAUGGGAGUGUGAUAAUCUCUCUGUGGGCUAUACGCUCGCCAACGAGUACGAUCUCAUUCUGGCCAUUGCUCAUCCUCGAGUGAUCCAAUUGAGCUACCUGCCUGCUUUCCUUGUGGCUCUCAAGGCGCUCUUCAUUUCCAUGUUUGCAACGAAGCUGUCGGCCUUGUCGAACGCUCUCAAGGUGAAUGCUGUCGAGGCAUUAGCGCAGCAGUUGGGAGGUAUCAGCCUGGCGAGCCCGGACUGGCUGCAAGGAUGGGAUGCCGCCUUUGCCAGGUUGUUGCAACAGUUUGACAAGACUUCCUCAAGGGGAAUGAAAGCGACAAAGACGCCCGGACUGGCUGUCGCCUCGCCCGAGGACAGCGAUAGCGCGCCUGCGUCAGAGCCAGAUCAACCCCUCGACGGAAAGGCGAUAUCAAAGAACAUGGCAGCCUUCAAAACACGGCAGAAAGGUCUGCGCGGUGGCAAGCAAGCUUCUCGUCCCAGUUCGAGAGCCUCAUUGGCAGGCAGCGGAAGUGACACUGGACCUGAAUCUGAUGCAAAGCGAAAGGCGAGCAAAGUCAUGAGGAAGUGGGGCGACGGUGUGCCAACGGAGGAGGACAUGACCGCACUCGAUUUCAGCUCGAACGAUGCGAACGGUCAUGAGGAGAUUGCUCCUUCUGGCUUGGUAGAUUCCAGAGCGAUGGGCCAGGUAGAUCGAAAUGGCCUCUACAAUGUCGCAGAUUACGCGCUACCUGCUGCUGCCCCUGCCGAAGCAUCUACCGGCGGCCUGGGCAGCCUAUUCAGCAAGCUUACCGCAUCGGUAGGAUUGGGCUCGAGGAAGCUGACGGCAGAAGAGCUCAAGCCUGUGCUGUCGACGAUGAGAGAGCAUCUCAUGAAUCGCAAUGUAGCGAGAGACGUGGCAGAGAAGAUCUGCGAGUCCGUCGGCCAGUCCUUGCAAGGAACGACCCUAUCUGGCAUGGCGUCCGUCAAGACGGAAGUAAGGAAGGCUUUAGAAGUUGCUCUGGUGCGCAUCCUCACACCGCGUACGUCGACCGAUGUAUUGCUCGAGAUCACCCGCAAGCGAUCCACUUCAAUCAUGUCUGCUCCUACCCCCUAUGUCAUCACUUUUGUCGGCGUCAAUGGCGUCGGCAAGUCGACGAAUCUCAGCAAAGUUGCAUUCUGGCUACUCCAGAACAAGCUACGAGUGAUGAUAGCGGCUUGCGAUACUUUCCGGUCUGGCGCAGUCGAACAGCUUCGAGUCCAUGUCAACAAUCUCUCCAAGCUGUCUGUACAGCCCAGAAUAGAUGGUCGCAGUUCGAUCGAGCUUUACGAGCGAGGUUACGGGAAAGAUGCAGCAGGCAUUGCCAAAGACGCCAUUGCCUACGCCAAGCAAGAAGGUUUCGACGUCAUCUUGAUCGACACUGCGGGCAGAAUGCAGGAUAACGAACCGCUCAUGCGUGCCCUCGCCAAACUCGUCAUGGUCAAUCAACCGGAUAAGAUCGUCUUCGUGGGCGAAGCACUCGUAGGCAAUGAAGCUGUCGAUCAGCUCAAGAAAUUCAACGACUCGCUGCGCAAUUUCAGCAAUAGUCAACGAGGUGUCGAUGGCAUCAUCGUGAGCAAAUUCGAUACGGUCAGUGAGAAAGUAGGCGCGGUCCUCUCGAUGACUUAUACGACUGGCGCACCGGUCUUGUUCGUCGGUACUGGCCAACAGACAUACUCGGAUCUCCGCUCACUGCGCGUUCAGCAUAUCGUUCAAGCACUCGUCCGUACGCGGCUCACUGCUCGAUCUCAGCAAGGAAACAUCCUGGAGGCCGAAGUGGCAGAUGUCAAGCCGAUUGCGACUCUUCUGCGCUCCGUCGCUUUUCAUCCGCGAGCUAUCGUCGUCGUGACGUCUACCGGACUCAAUGUGACGGUAGAAGCAGGUCGAGCGCUUCAAGCGCACGCAUUCCUUCAAAAAGCCGUCUUUGAACGAUUCUCCUUUCACCCUCCCACAGACGGUCCUUCGCCAGGCCCACUGACAGCAGAAGAUCAAGACGAGAUCGAGCUCAUCUUCGAGAUCCGACUGACUACUUUGCUACAAUGCCUCGAUAUCUUUGGGGGAGCGGCCUCAUCUUCUGCUCAUACUUUGCUCAGGAAGAGAGCGUGGCAAGAGGAGGAAGAGGAGGGGGAGGAUAAACCUGCUUGGGCGAGAGAGACGCGGUCGAAGACGCCGAACGAGAGAGAUGCGAGGAAGACGGCGAUGAAGCUGUCUUAUCGCGGUGUAGGUCACCCCUUGGUCCUACUAUUGGAAGAAAGCGGCGUAGUGACGACUUGCGAAAUUACGACGUUCGUACCCGAGGAGAUCCUCGAUAUCAGCUUCAGGGAAGAGCUUCGCGUUCAGAAAGUCAUCAUGAAGAGCGAAUGGCUUCUCAACGCAUUGUCGGAAGCUGAGAAAUCCUGCGAUAGGAUAUGCUUCACUUUUGCGUCGGCCGAGGAUAAUCCUGCUGCUAUCCGAGCUGGUCGACCUCGUCCUCUCUUCCGUGUUGAAGCCCUCACCGACGUCGGCAGUAGCGCAGAAAUGGAAUUUCCUUUUGAUCAGGAUAUCGUCGAGUCUUUCGAAUGCGUCGGCAUGGUCAGCAAUACCUACAAGUUUGACCACCUGCGCUUCGCUUUCAAUGCCCUAUCUGCUUCUACCAAAACAUCCAUGCGAACAGAUGAGGAAGGAUUGCUGUCGCUGCAAUUCAUGCUGCCCAUGAGCUCAGCACGAGGAAGGGCAAAACCAAGUAUUGGCUAUGCCGAAUUUCUGUGCUUGCCGUUAUCAGAGACCUGAUUGUACCAUGUUAUACAACAUCCAUGCAUUGCCAGCCUACUCAAGACAAUAUCUCUAACCAAGGAUCACUGGCUCUAGCGCUCUUGGUAGGAGAUGUCGAGAGAGCCGGCGUUGAAGCAGGCAAGUAGUCACUGACGAUAUCGUCAAAUACGUCUACAGCUGUACGGGUCCUCAGCACGAGAUACAUCCUACAUCAGUGAGCAUACCAGAUCGUGCAGGAACAUCUCUGAUGACAGAUUGCUGCCAUGCUGGCUGGGUCAGCCCGAGCGUGAUCAAACGACGCAAAGU